AUGGACAAUGUCGACGUGACGCCGACGCCGCCGAACACCGUCCCGAAUACGACCGGCGACGAGAUCGCCCAGCUGUGCCUGCAAGCAUACGCAUCGCUGCCGCCGAGAUCAGGAAAGCCGGUGCAGGAUGCACAACAGAGACGCUGGACGGUCCUAGCCGGGAUCGUCCUCUCGUACACACCUGUCCCAGUCGCGGCCACAUCGCCGCCGCCGCUGCAGCAACUGCAGCACCGUGUACUCGUGCUGGCCAGCGGCGUCAAGUGUCUGCCGUACGAAGCGCUCUCGAGGCACGGCGAUUUGGUGCAAGACCACCAUGCUGAAGUCCUCGCCCGGAGGGGCCUGCGCAGGUGGCUGCUGCAGCGGCUCGUGAAGGAGUGCGGCAGCGGAUGCAGUGCAGCUGGCGCUUCCGCUAGAGCCGAUCCAGGCAGAGCAGAUAUCGACUUGCCGUUACCCGUAUUCCUGCCGGCCGAUCGAGGGAUGGUCACAAACGUAGACGAGGCCGGUCCAGGACAACACACUGGAUGGCGCCUCAAUCCGGCUUACAGUCUGCACAUGUAUGUUUCGCGUGCACCAUGCGGCGACGCUUCCUCCUCGCUGCUGCUUGCGGAGGGCGAGAACGAAGCUGUGCAGGCGCAUAAUCUACAUGAUGCCAAGCUCAACGAGGAUGAGGCCCUUCGCGGCCGCCGCGGUCUUGCUCUCCGAGGCCGCGUGCGCACCAAGCCAGGGAGGGCCGACGCACCAGCUUCGAUUAGCAUGUCAUGCUCCGAUAAACUGGCUCUGUGGAGCGUUGCCGGUCUGCAGGGCAGCCUGUUGUCCCGCUUUAUCAUCGAGCCCGUGCGGCUGAGCAGCAUCACGGUCGGAUGCGACGGCGUACGCGCAUCUGCAAGCACGGAGGACAGUAAUGGCAGAUGGGCGGCGGACGCACCGCGACUUCGGACGGACGUCGAGCGUGCGCUCAGUGAGCGCGUCCAGAGCCUCGUUUUGUCAGCGCUGGCAUCGGGCCAUCCCGGUUGCUCCCCCUUGCUGGUCCACGUGACGCAUCUACCAUUCGAGGACGGCAGAGACGCCGCCAUCGCGAGCACCGCCGCGCCAGCAGCGCUGACGAACAACGACCACCGCACGACGCCUGGGGCUGUCGUUGUCCCACCGCUCGUGCUCCCGUCGGCGGACUCGUUCUGUCUUGUCGAUGGCGUACCGGUCGACAAGAUCAAUGGUGUGGGCAUCAAGAUGGGCGCGUCGCUCGGCAGGGCAACUGGCCGCACAAGCGGUGGCGCAAGCCUGCCUUUGCCUUCGAACAAGCUCUCCAAGCUGUGCAAGCGCGAGUGGUGGCGCCACGUCGCGCAUGGGUCCGCUUGCUUGCAGCGCAGCGCGUGCGGCAGAAGCGGCGCGCAGGAAGAGCAACAACAACAGCAACAGCCAGAACAAGAACAAGAACAAAAGCCGAGAGCGUCCCGCCACCAGACGUACUUUGACGCCAAGCACGACUUGCGAGCUCCCGGAAUCGCACAGUACCGGCAGGCCAAGGCGUGUGCUCGGGGCUUUUGCCUUUCUGAUGCGCCGGACGUGCUUGCGUUAGACGCGCGUGUAGCUGCUUUCCUGCGGAGUGCGAGGGUCGCUCCCGGCGAUGCUACUGCUACUGCUCCUGCACUGCUGCCGCCUUUGGUCGAAGGCUCAGAGGGGCCCACGGCGCCUAUAGCCCCGACGAACGAAAGCAGGAGCAACGCACCGCUCGCGGGGUGGCUCAGUGCAGGCGCCAUCCUGGACGGCUUUACGCUGGAAGAUGAUGUGCAUGUGCCUAUUUAA